GACGAAUUCGCGACCGCCGGCUGUGAAUGCGGCAGCGGCCGAAACGCCAAAAACCAAGGAGGAACGCGUUGAGGACCUGGAGGACUUACAACCGGCACCUUCAGCAGGGCCUGAUGAGCGCAUCUCCACAACGAGGAUGCCCUCGCUGAAGCAGACUGAAGUGGCCACUGAGGGCCUAUCCACGUCCUCAAGACAAGCAUCUCCCGCCGCUGUGGAGCCGUCUUCGGAAGAGCAGAGGCCAACGAAGGUGCGCUCUCGAGAGAGUGACAGCCACGGGAGCCUCGAAAGCGCUUCCCCGGAGCGCGAACGGCGCCACACACACUUUGUGGGCGCAGGUCCACAAAAAAGUCAAAGUCCGCCCACCAGCAGGAGUGGCAGUCG